AUGGCUGGCAUCGUAGCAUCAACACUGCGUAGGAAUAAAAUCAUUGCAAAGAAAGUGGAAACCAAGUUGCAGAACCUCGAGCUGACAAUCAGCGCAAAUGCUGGUCCCCUCGUCAACAACAACAACACGUCAGAUGCCCUCGCUCCUGAAAACAACAAAUUUUCAAAUGUUUCCAGCAACAUCAACAACACUUCAUCAUCAACUACUUCGGCAGCAGCAGCAAAAGUAACAAAAACAUCGACGACUUCAACAUCCAAGAGAGGGUCAUUCAAUGAUUCGCCAUGUGCACCCAUAAAAUCUUGCACUAAAAACAACAAAAACAGUAGCAGCAGCAGCAAAUUGAACAGCAAAAUCACAAACCUGUACGUUCCCCCAUCUCCCUCGUCAUCAUCAAUCUCAUCGCCAUCCUCAUCGUCGCCAUCGUCUACAAACAGUGAGGGUGUUAACGAAAAAAGUAAAUUCUGUCCGAAAAAAAAGCAGAAGAAAAAUUUAAAACGAAAAAAAGAUACAAAAUAUAAAUUAACAGAAGCAGACGACAUCAACGUAUUCCCCGAAUUGGAAGAUGACGCGGAUAACAAACAGGCGGGCGGGGGAAGAAACGCUGGUAGCGAGGUAGCAAGCAAACUUUCUACCACCACCACCAGCAACAAUAACAACAAUAAUAUCACCAACAACAAAACGUUGAGUUGCAACGGAAACAUUUGCUGUCGCAAAACAAAUUUCACCGACAACUACGGAUGCGGUGGGGCCUGUGGGGGCAUCUGCAGUCGCAUUGGUGGCGGAAGUGACGUCAUUGCAAGUGGUGUGGGCGGCAACGUCAGUGGAGCUGGUGUUGGGGUUUGUAGUAGCGAUAUUUCUUCGGAGGCUGCUAGGGAAUUGUUCUGUGAGGAUUUCUGGCCGGCCUGUCUGAGUGUCCUAGAUGAUGGAAGACUAAGUAUGGAGUCUUUUGAGUGGCGUGAUGGCCUAGUGAUUAAAGGCGCCUGGUCCUGCUUUGCAUUGACCGAGUUCAAAUGUGAGGGGAUCCUCGCCUAUCACAUGCAUUGUGUGACGAUAAGCAGAUUUGUGGUGGCUCAACCAAAUGUAUUCCAUUAUUCAUUCGAAGGUGCAGAGGCUAGCGUAUACAUUAUGCUGAAUAACAUUAUCAUUGACGUUUAG